AUGAAGGCUCGUUCACCUAAGAGUAAAGCCACAAGCAUAGGGGAGUUGUUGCACUCCAUAAGUUAACUCGUUGAGUUUUAUAUCUUCUCCUAGCACGUAGAGAUCCUUCGAAGCGCCAGAUAAAGCCGGUUAAUACCGAAAACUUGCUACUAGAUGACUUGGACGAUGAAAGCGACGACGAAUAUGUGUAUGAUGGAGAGGAAGCUGGUAAAGGAGAAAAAACAAACAUUAAACUUCAUUAAUAGACGACAGCAGUAGCGGAUCCAACGAGACGGACGAAUCCGACGAGUCAUCUUCGGAGCUUUCCGACGAAACUUCCAAUGACGACGAGGAGGAAGCUGUUGAUGACGCUGCCGUUGCUCAUAAUGGAGUUACAGAAAAGAUGGAAGUGGACCCCUCAUCUGAUAUGCACAAGCAUGACACAGUUUGCAAGGGUGAAUCUCACUCCGAAGUUUUAACAUUAAUAGAUAUCAGCAGUCCUACAAUAGGCGCCGUGACCCGCGAAAAGAGCGCACCAAAACUCCCAGAGCUGAUUUGCAUGCUCUGUUUAGGUGAUCAAAACAAUCCGAACGAUGAGAUAAUCGAAUGCGAUGCCUGCAAGAUAGCCGUUCAUGAAGGUAUUCUGUGAACUUCGUCUAUCUUCCUCAGACUGUCAUAAGGUGUAUGACGACGUUUUUCUGUCCAGCAGUGCCAGCUCCUCAGAUACGGAUCCGUGGUUUUGUGAACCUUGUCUGGCUGGCGUUGAAAAUCCGGUACAUACUUUACUUGUCUUAUAUAGCACUUAGCACUGUGAACUUUGUCCUAACCUAGGCGGUAUUUUCAAACGCACCGACAAUAAUCGGUGGGUGCAUCUACUAUGUGCACUGUACACUCCCGGUGUGGCUUUCAAUUACUCAGAAAGCUUGACAGAGGUAUAUCAUCGGAAACGUUAACGUUGCGUAGGUAACACUUACGGAACUCCCCGCAAAAGAAUGGUCAUCAAGGGAGUGCUGCCUAUGUGAAGACAAAUUUUUUGCAUGGACCGGAGUUUGUAUAAGUUGUGAUGCUGGACUCUGUAAAAACUACUUCCACGUCACAUGGUUUGCAUUAAGUUCCAUAAGUUUAAUGUUUGCAGUGCUCAGAAACAGGGACUUCUGGUGGAACCGGCAUUUGAAGAGGUACUACCUUCCUGAGGAGUCGUCAAUGUGUCUAUCCUUAAUCGCUUUUAGAACCCAUCAGACCCAUUUUUUGCCCAAUGUCGUCAGCAUACAGAUAAGACCGUUGCUAAAGGCCGCCGUCGAAACUACCUGACAACUGUGAAUCGCUGCAAAGUCUUACUUCAGAUGGCCCAAGAACAACACAGGGGGAGUGCUUAUGACAUUACCGAGGAAUUUGGUGUUUCUACCACUGAAAAGAGCCUAUUUACUCUCUUGAAUGAACGACUCAAGAGAAAACUGGAGUACUUUCGCAGCCUUUAUCAACGAAUGCUCGACAGGCGCGAGAAACCAUACAGUUAGUGCUAUUCUACUCCGCAUUUUUCUCCUUUCAUUCCUUUCACCCUGAUUACUAAGCGUCCGAUUCCAUCACGCUUGUAUUAGCUGGUGGUUUGCCCUAGUUUUAUCUUGCCUAAGGCAGUUUACCUCGGUAUUCCGUUUUCUCCGCAAGCUGCUCAUUAUAUGUUUAUUCUAGCUCGUCCAACCAAAGUUCCGUUAUAUUUGGAGAAUUCGCCCGUCGCUAUGCGCUUGUUUGCCGCAAAGGCAUUGGCACUCGGCCUGCCCCUCGAUUUUACGGGCAGUUCCGCCAUGACAGAGGCUUCAAAGUCGGUCGCUCCCGGCUGCCCCGUCUUCCUACCUGACUUUGUUAGUUACGUUCUCGGUAUGUAAUUUGAUUUUACAUAUUUUAGUACCGGUGAUCUCCUUGCAUAGUUACCCUGAUAGAAGGUAGAAUAUCGAAGGUUAAGCAGAGAGUAAACAGCUUGUUUUUCGAAUUUCAAUGCCUCCCACCGACACUUCUGGGAGAUUCCAUCUUUUAUAUCUCCACAGUUAACACAGCUUUCACAGUUUUAUAAUUUCCUAAUUUACUUAGCUGGAAGAAAAAGGCAUUGAAUUGCGCACUACCGACCCAUGAACUUUUUCGUAUUGCAGAUCGCGAGAAGCGAAUUGAAGAAUUGGUUAAACUGCUAUCGACCCUGGAGUCCACUCAGCGUGAACUACAGCUCUCGGACGCCAAUGUCUCCCAUAACUACAAUUCUGUAUGCUGUCAACUGCCUUUUCCAAAACCUCUAAAUAUGUGCUAAUAGAAGGCAUUGAAUAAUGCAAUCGCUAUAAAUGUAGCUGAAUAAUUCCAUGUUACUUAUUCAAAUCGCCUAACUGUCGAUCAUAUAGAAUCCCAGGUAUAAAUAGUCUUGACGCCUUCUUAUUGAACGAAAUGCUGAUGCAUCCAAAACUGCUUCAAUGUGCUGUUCAAAAUCCGCAUUUACCAUCACUUGUGUUACCACGUGUCUGCUAUCGGCUUUUCCGAGAUACAUAACGCCUGUGAUGUAGUUACAUUGUAGUUGGCAGUAGAACGCUGUACAGUUACUUCCAACCGCACUGGUAGGAACCGGCCUCGGUUUGAUCUUAGCACAACUUUCAAAGCUUCUUUAUAAUAUCUAUGGAGGCAGUGUCCGUAAUUAACGUUUUCUACGAUUUCUCGCUAAAGGAAAUCUUUUGUAAGCGCUCUAGUAUGCCAAUCAGCUCGUUUUGUUCCCCGUUUUCCAGUUUUCAGUCUUUUUCAUACUAUUUCGUCUUUUUUAUAGUUGUCCACAAGGCUAGCUGAACUGUCCACAAAGCUCAAGGCAAAUAGAUCGGCUGCUGAGGGCCUCAUCAAUGGCUUAUCCAAAAUCUGUCAGGUGAGUUUUGCCCGCGGUUGAUGAACAUAUUUCGUUGAAGUCAGAAAUAGGCCACUGUUGCAGCCUCCCGCGUUUAGUAACAUUCUUGCCUUCAAGCAGUCCCUAUAUUUCCACUCCCGACCCUUUUAUUUGGUCUUUUCUCAUUGCGCAGAUAACAUUUAUCUGGGUUCGGUAUCGAUUUUGGUACAUGCUCCUUAACUAGUGGGUAAUGAGACUCGGUAAUGCUGUCUUCAGAGCUUUUUCCAUCCCUUCAGUGCCUUGCCAGUUGAAUUAUAAUUGGCCCGCAUCAUUUAUACAAAUGUCAAAACAUGGGUGGAUUGAUUGGCCAUGUUCACCGAUGUAAUUACUUUGUUUAUUAAAAAUAGAAAAAAACGCGAAGAUUUCAGUCACUGAGAAUUCAGUUUAGAGACAAGGUCGAUUUCUCCUAUGCUUUACGAAAAUAUGCCUUUAAAUAAGAGUUGUGUCCGACGCCUCCCCGCCACCCCUUGAUGGUAUUUCGUCGUCUUUAUAACUACCAUAUUUUUCAGAAAAUAUGAGCACACCGGCGGAGUAAAAUCGUUGAUCCACCCUCGUAGCCCAUUCUGUUAUGAACGUCGAGACGUCGAUCUGGCAGCCCUAUCGGAUAUUGCCAAUUAAGCUUGGCAUGCUCAGUUAAACAACUGUUUGCCACAGUGCCGCUGUGCAACAGAUUUAGCUACGGUCGGUGAAAGUUUUUAGUUCCCUCUGAAACAUGUUCCGUGCAGCCAUGAGCAGAAUAAAUCAAGCCACAUGGCACCUACUACAUUAGGUGUCCGGACUCGUGAUACAUAGACUGCAGUUUGUAAACGCAAUUCCCGUUAGAAGGAAUACUUACGUGAGGUUUCAAUGCUCAUUAGCAUGUAGUGCAAUCCAAAGGCAUUUCAUAUACACUAGGAUACUGGCUUUCCAAUGGUGGCCUCUUAAGUACUAUGCAUUUUCCAUUAAUUUUUGAUGCCUUUACGUAACAGAGCAUCCGAUGGAAAGUAUGCACAAAAUCGUUCCCUCUUAGGAAAUUAUCGUUUCUCUGAUUUUAGUGUCUCAAGAAGAGACAUCUCUCGCAUUUAGAAAUAUACCUUGGAAAGGCUUCGAGACCGCGAAGUGUAUUUCCAAUUUUUAACACCACAGUAACUAUUCCAUGAGUCAGAUCACCUACCUGGCCCAUAGUAAACACUGAAAGCAGCCUCAAGCUUUGAUCUAUGUGUUUUUUAAGAGCGUUAGCCCCGUAGCUGCGCUGGGCACUUUGUUGGCAAACCAAGAACCCCCUUCGUCUGCCUCAUCUGGAGUAGCGGGCUCGAUCUUAAUGGGAGGAACGGCAGCCGUGCUGAACUCGGUUGGGGAUACGAGCGCCGGGGUUGGUGGUCGAAGCAGACGGGGCACUAAUCGCCAAUCACUGCCCGUCCCUAGUCGCUGCUCCACCGGGCCCCUCAGACGACGCACCAGGACGAGUGAAAGCUCGAUGGACGCUCGCGGCGAGGUCCUUGGAUCGGUAACCGAUGCGACGAAUGCCGCCAGUGCUGCAGAAAAUAUUAUCCAUGAGUGAGUAGAUUUACUUUCUGGUUACAUGUGCUUGCCUUUAGAUGUCAUCGGAUAUUAUUCCGAUGUAAGAGCUUGCUUGACUUAAUAUGUAAUGCAAAAGUGAGUCGAUCUUAAACAGUGGUGAACUCUUUUAGCGAAUAACAUUUCCUAUUAUAUACACAACAAAAUGCCUUCAAGGGAUGUUUACUAAUACCAACUGUGUCAAGAUCCUCUUGGGUGAUUUUACACACUUAAAAUGCAUUACCAUCUGAGGUUGUUUUGGACAACCCUAGUGCUUGGUAGUUGCCAGCGGUAUAUCGGAGGAAGUUGGUUUUUUUAGUGUCACAUUUAAUUAUUCGACAAAGUAGCAAUCCUAAUAGAGCUCCCAGUAGAGAGGCUCAGGUCAAACGCUCGAAUGGGGACAUACAUGCUUCAUCUUUUGUAAGACUGAUCAUGGACUUCACAACGUCUGGCGAUCUGUUUAUAAAGAGGUGCAUGAAGUGGAGUUAAAGUGCGACUGUAUGAAAAAAACGUCCGUCCACGAACUCGGUGUUCUUGCUGAUUCUCUUACUUUGCCUGUUAAUAUGACUACGAACAUCAAACUGCCUUUAGGCCACCGCACGCGUCCACGCCAAUGGUUUUCUCAGUUCGCGGCUUCCAUCACACUCCGUCCUUUCAGGGAUCACAUCUUGAUCUUUUUCUCUUGCAGGUGCAGCGUCUGUAACGGACUGCGAGACCAGCAUCUUAUGGUCAUCUGUGAGACCUGUAAAAAAGCCUUUCACAUCGCCUGUCUUGAUCCUCCCCUCUCUCGGGUGCCAAAACAAAGCCGUCUCUUCUCCUGGUAAGAAUUGCUUGCGAGCUUCCCUUCACCGUCAGCUUCUGUUUGGCAUCAUAUACUUGUAGAGGCAAGUUUAUUAUACGUUGUAAUUCAUGAAGCACUGACGGAAACUUCUAAAUAUCCUCUAGAAUACCCGGGUUAGAACUCAACAGCAAGGACGACAGAGAAAAAUAUCGAAGUAUUCUAACUGCGUACAUAAACGAAAUGGAAACAUGGGAAUGUCCAAGGUCAGGACGAAAUUCAACCAAUCAACCAGUUUUUUGGUGGCUAAUAUGCCGGCUGGACUUCUGGCUGGGUCAACGUCCAACUCUGUCGGGAACUGGCAUGGCAGUAAACGGACGACGUGUUGUGGGCGGAUUGCUAGAGCGGCCUCCUAAUAAGGAUAAAUGUAGACCACGUAAACUUCUUGGGCAGUAUAAAUUGGCCUAUGGAUGACUGACUUUCUUAUUACUUAUGCGAUUAUACCAACAGUUCUCAUGAUUGCAGAAUCUUUGAAAAUUGAAGUGUUUAAAUUUUGAGACCGCAACCAGUGUUAAGAAUGCCAUACAACAUUUCUGUUUUUGAGUCCUGAGUUAUAUCCCGGUUUUGGCCACAUGCACUGGGGCAUUUAGCAGCCUUUUCAGCGAUUUCACGAAUUUGUUUUACCUCCAACUUUAUUCUUAGAAUUCGGGAGCAUGAUCCUGGCAAAUUAUGGCCUUCUAUAUCUCAAAUAGCAUUACCUUAUUCAACAAGGAAAUUGAUAUCGUUUAAAUCUUCAAAAAUUAGAACUUCUGGCCUGGACCAUCACGCCGCUAUAUGAACUCCAAUAAGCGACCUCAUCCGUCCCAUGAUCCUGGUGUCAAACCACACAACAGCUAGGCUUUUUAAUGAUUAAUGAGCAAGACUUUCUGUUGGCGAAAACUACUCUCCCUUCAGCAAAGGGCAGUCAGCAUACAUCUUAUUGGAUACAUAGGAGCAAGACUGAGAUCUGCUCUACCUCCUUGUUCUUGCUCCGGUUAGCGGCACGGUGGGCCUAGACGACUCAAGCUUCGAAGGCUUGAAUAUUCACUAAAAUUCGCGGAAAUAUUGUAAAAACGAGGUCCGCUACUUCACGCAACCUACGGAUUGAAUCCUAAUCCGGAAGGUGAUGGAGGUACGACCUCUGCACCCCAACGUUAGGUCAGAAUGUAAUAUUGAUUAUCGUGCAGAAUAAUUCCUAGAUAUUUCGGUCAGCGCAACAUGCCGACCUUUAAAUACGUAUUCUUCCGGCCGCAUGCAGAAGUCGGUCUCAAAAAGUGAGUACUUAUGUAUUAUGAUUUUCUCCAUUUAUUCUCAAUGCCUUUUACAAAUCCUGACAUAUUUUAAUAAAAUACUGCAAGAGAGUACCCUAUCUUAUAGGCGAUUUUUGAUAGAUUACGACUUCAAAUUUUCUACUCCAAAAAGGGUGUCUUGUAGUUACAAAACAUGUGUUUAAUACCCAGGUACUUUUGAACCUGACCUACCAUCACACUCGAGUUUGAGGUUAUCAAUCUACGAACCGUAAAUUUCCCAUUUAAGGAAAAUCACAGAUUUCCCUAUGCCAUCAAGAUGCGUCUAUAUGGGGCUCAUGGAUAUAGACCACGUUGUGUACUUAGUAAGAAACAGUAAUAAACGGAAUGAUAUGAUUUCCUUAGGAAAGAAACUUCACUGUCUUAACAAAUUUCACGACUAAAAACUUUUAAACCGAAAGAUCUCGGUUCUUUGAAUAAAAUUUUGAAAGAUGACGUAAGUUUUUACAAAAUACAUCAAAGAGGGGCUUUUUCUGCACGCCUACAAAAUAUGGCUAGAUUUUCAAGGGCAUAUGCACUGUGGUGAACGCCGUAGUACUUAAGUAAUUGGUCUUACUGAGUGUUUUUUCAGACGGCAGGAAAGACGCUUGUCCCAAAGCCGGCACCCUGGCGUGACUGAAAUAUCUUGGGAUUAUACUGUACGGCAAUCAAACUUACGACCCCAUCUAGUUAAUUCCUUAUAACAAGAGUCGUAUUUCGGAAUUUUAGUAAACGCUCCGAAAAUUACGUCACUCAUUAUGCAUUCCAUCAGACAAUUUGCUUGGUCGACGGUGGCGCACAAGAAUAGAUCCAAACUCUUCGUAAGACUAGCAUUUUGACACGGAUGUCCCUCUUCACUCGUCAGAAUGCUCACGCGGUGCUCUGCGUGUGAUGUCCACCAUCGUUUUCCUUGUGUACCCCAGCAACCAUAAGCAUAUGGUCAGUACUUUUUUUGGAAUGAAGGAAAGUUGGCCAUAUGCAGAUUGUUUUGCGCAUGGCAUAACCUUCUGCCAACAUUUCAUUCGUCAGAAGACUGAUGCAGCCAUUCGUCGUUGGUGGUAGUGGAGUGGUAGUUCAGUUCAGAAACACCAUUUUUUUAUAGAACUGGAGCGACCACCGCUUUACCUCUUUUACCACCUACUUGGAUUGAUAUCUUAAUCACUUUUACUGGAAAAAUUCUAACAACAUCAAUGUUAACUUCCUUGUUUUGCUUUCAGGCAGUGUUCCACUUGCACUAAGGCCGUUGUGGGCAACUCCGAGGUGAUCACUGUUGAUGUUGACGCGCCAAGACAGUUGCGUCGCACUAGUGCCCCCGCGCCGUCCCAUCCGACCCCAACCUCUCCCCCUUCAAAUCCUACUCCGACUGCCUCGAAACCCAGUCGUCGGGGUCGCAAGCCAAAAGCAGCUGCUGACCCUUUGCCGACAUGUCCAACCAGCUCAAGUCCCCGUCGUGACCAACCGGUGGUUGUAACAAACAAAGCACGUGACCGAUUAAGGCCCGCCACAACAGUUUCUGUGAUGGGCAAGCCCGGUCGAAGAGCUCGUAAACGUCCCAGAAAACCACCGGUCCGACGGGUAGUCGCUGAGGCCUACCCUGCGGAGAUUGUCCCCUCCGUUGAUCCUGCCGGCGCCAGCACUACUCUUUCAACUUUGCCCGUUUUGGCCUCAUCCUCCUUUUCGGCUGCUGUCAAUCACAAUGGCGACGCACCUGAACCUAGCAGCCACUCGGAGCCAAUUUUCCUAGGGUCUGCCAGUGCAGUUGUUACGUCCGCUAAUCCUGAAGUCACUGUCCCAACUGCUGUCUCCCCAGCUGGCCGAAGGAUGAAAAAGGUAGAGCAGCUCUUCUCAUCCCGGAAUGUCACGGUGUUGUGCUUGCAUACGUUACCCUGAUCCGUCUGCACUGAUUCGACGUUUAAACACAGGUGGCAACAUGUUGCCUGUUAUAGGGUGCGGCCAAUCACAAAAGUCCCAAGGAUGUAUAUAAACCUGAACCAACUAAGUGUGACCAUGAUGUUUCGUAGAUGUUUGUGCUCCGGUAACUGUUUUCCUGGAUCUCCCUGGGUUCAGGCCAAUCACUGUUAUGCUAGUUGUCUCAUGCCCCAAUGAUUUUUCAGCGCCGGUUCCCCUCCGAAACUGUGGAGCCUCCAGUAAGUGAAAACGAUGACGAUCGGGAUGCUGCUGAAGAAGAGGGAGAUGACGAAGAGGGUGAAGAAGAGGACGACGGGGCAGAUGGCGAUGAGGAUGAGGAUGAGGAGGAGGAGGAGGACGAGGCUGAUGGAAAUGAGGAUGAGGAAUUGGAAGAUGACGAUUCUGACGGCCUAUCGAAUUUACGCGGUUCUAAAGGUAUUUCACGACCUUUCUAGAUGAAUGCUUUCCUCUACUUCGCUGCAUUCUAUUUAUCACGUUGUGCACACCUCGCUAGGCAUUCCAGGUCGUUGCCCUUGGCUUCACUUGCUUACUCGCUUAUGUUUAGUGAAGUUUGUGCAGAUUCGUGACCACGAGAGUCCAGUGAAGGAGACUCCGCCCGAGGGUGACGCCGCGGAACCAGCGCGUCAGUGUUACGUCAUCUGUCAGGACAACUGCAGCACCCGCAAGGUGAGAAAGAGCGCCAAAAGUCACCCUCGAGUUGCUCACUAACCCGAGAUGAGUACUCCCACUCUUGCCUCACCGAUUAUGCCUACCCUCACGUCCCCAUCUCUCUUCAACUUACUCAAAAUUUGCACGGUGUUGUCUUUUGCACACGACGCCCUCCUGGCCAUUUGACAUAACUCCAGACCUACGCCAUGCCUCCUGUGUGCUCAUCUUUGAUUGCAUUUCCUGCUACCGCUGCCUCUGCUGUUGCAUCCUACCGUCUGUUUGAGUUAAUUCUCCUGCACCAGGAUGGGACAUGCUAAUCUUAGUCCUCCUGGCGCGGUCCGCUAUCGAGCUUCACACGGCAGAAAUCAGCUCUAGCCCACUCCAUGUUGACUAGCAAAGUUAACCUGUCAUUGGGUUUCCCCCUUUUCGCUCAGACUCUCGACUUAAACAGACAGGAUCCGUUGAUAAUGCAUCAUUCAACUGUUUGCUGUGCUUAGUAUUAUCACUAGUGUACUAACUUCCCGCAUUAUCAGUAGUCCUUAGGUUUGUGGACUUUGUCAAAAGGGGUGACCUAAAAAAUUCAAGAGCCAGUCUACCUCAGUAUGCAAAUAGCUGAAGACGAUUACUUUUCGCCAGUGCAUGGGAACACAUCACGCCUAAGUCUCCAGGGUCACCGAUUGAACAUGGAUCUUCUGUCGUUCGUUUUCAAUUGGCGAACCAACUGACACUGAGGCGGACCGGGCCUCAAGUGUACUGCACUAACGUAUUGCUCUGUUAGUUAUUUAAUUGGAACUCUGUGUUAGUUUUUGCAAGACCUCAAAGGACCGUAGGUCUCGUUAGAGCCCUUUGCUGUCAAACCAUCAGCCUACGGCUUGCAGAUGCUGAAGUAGUUUCUCGUAAGUAUAUGAGGAGAAGUCGCUCUAAAGAGCCAACGUUUUAUUUCUCGGAGUUUUCGCACUCCCACUGGGGUUCAUCUGUAGUUGUGGUACCCUUGGAGGACAGUCAAUAGACCACAGAUCCCCAUAUUCCCCAGUGUCCUCUUGGUGGCACGCGAACAGACGCAAAUGAGCAUUCUCUUCUUAAGGGUCAUCAAAUACAACUGUGCAGAUGGACGCUCACAUGAAGCCUGCUAUUUCCAUGAUCAAUUCGCGAGCACCAAGUACCCUCGAGUCUUUACACGCGGGUGUCUCUGUAAUCGCUCACGUGAAACGCGGGGUGCGAACCACAAAAGCGAUACCACUCACAGCUACAUACCAAACGUUUUUAUUGUACGCCAGGGCGUAUCAACAUGGAGGUGGGCUUCGAUAUCAUCCAAGGGCUCUUGUGUGCAAGCGAUUCGCCUGGAUGAACGCAGGUGGACAAGUUUGGUGUUGCCUAUUAGGUUUUAUACAAUAAUUGACCCUGCAAUUACACAGAUCACACCACAAGAAUCCCCCCAGGCAAGUACGCUAGUAUUAUCUGCCGGUAUGGAUUGGCGGUCCACUUUGUUCGGAUUCAGUGGAGUGAUGGAAUGAUCCGCCUCCUGUUUUUUUGCUGCUUUGCGACUGCAUAGUGUGGUUCGGUUCUCGGACACGACCAUGUGUCGCGAUGCCAAAGUACCGUUUGUUUGUUGUUUUUUUACUGUGUCUGAUGUUGGACUCCUGCAUGACUGUGAUGACCUGGGCCACCGAAAGUGUAAUUACUGUUUUUGCACCUGAUUUUAAUACAUGUCCUGCUGUACGCAGAGGACCCUCAUCACUAAAUCGUCAGUCAGCCUCCUGUCUCGGAAGACAAAUGGUCUGUUCAGCGGUGUUCAUAAGAUUAAUCAAACGCGGCAAAUCUUUUCUUCCAUGGCCACCCAUUCCGAAGAUCUUCCGGAAUGCGCCGUACAGGACCUCCACAAACUCCAUACUCGUGCUGACUGCGCUUACACUUUUAUUACUUGACGUAGAAACUGCAUUAGUUCCGGCUAUCAGUUCACGUGAUGUUUUUGAUCCUAUCUCAACUCGUCACGUCAACGAGCCCGCAGCUUUGUUUACAUGUUCCUCCUCAUACUUGCCUCCUUUUUUCGGGAAGAUUCCGGCAUGGGGACCAUAAAAUAUAAGUCCGCAUUCCCGGAAUGUUGUCGAGAAGGAACCACCAUUUCCCGGCCUACGUCUUCUGUCAUUUUUUUCGACGGACUUGCGUUUUAUCGAUGGCAUUGCGUCGGCGGUGGCGAGAAUGUUGUCUAGCUGAUGUGCAAUAACAUUAUGAUGUUUCGGGUUUUGUGGAGUCCUUUUUGCAUUUUCAACAUGUAAGAUGAUAUUAAGGAUUAAGGAAGGGCUCCCAAAGACGUGCUUACUCGACAGGAAGGCAGGAAUGUUGGGAAUUUAUAAAUACAGAGGGGGAAGGGGAGGGAAGUGUGCGGGUUUGCCGGCCUCUGUCGUCGACCAGAUGGCUGUCAAACAAUGAAUUAAGACCUGUGCGAUGUGUGUGGUGUCGUCAUACCGCCUUAGAAUUUGCCUCCGGACCGAAAUCACGUUACGUAUUUGCUUCUGACCUUAGGCGCACUAUAAGGGCAAAGUGGUAUCAGCAGUCCUGGAGGGUGCUGAUGUGUGUUUCUAGAACGGCCCUACUGAAUAUAUAUAUAUAUAUAUAUAUAUAUCAACUGAGUAGUCCCUAGUUUUCUUUCCUUUUUUUCGCCUUUCACACGCAUCCUGAAAGUUUGCAGGGGGCCUUGAUGACUUAGGGGAGAACGAUAAGGGGUGGUGGCUGAUUUUUAUACACCGUCGCCUUGACUACCAACUCACUCCAAAAUGUGUUGCCUGCGAACGACCUAAAUCGAAGAAGUGGAAAAUCUGCCUGUGUUCCAGCAGACUAGGGCUUGGUCAGCUUCUAAACUGGUAAGGGUAUCUGUACCGUGUUGGGUCGGGACACUGGUGUCCAACUGUCGUUACUGGUACUCACCUAUCAUAUGUAUAAUGAAUAAUUCCUUAUGAAAAUGCUCGAGAAGGACGUCUGAGACAAAAGAUGGGGUUUCAGUUCAAAUACUAUACGGAGUAAUGAGACAGUCAUCGGAAAAAGUCCAGCCAGAAUCGGUUGUUCCACGCCGUCAGCUUUCCUUGAAGGCAGAUUUGCCUGUUUCAUCAGUUCGACUGAUUUUCGCCCCCUAAGACUUAUUGGUGCAUAUAUUUGGCACGGGUAGCCUGGUUAGUGAGCAAGAGGAAAGCAUCACUGCUUAAAGACAAUCCUCUGGCAGUGCUGUAAUCGCCUUACCUAGUCGUAACACAUUACUGACUAUGCAUAAAGUAAAAGAAUCUCCCACCUAACGCCUUCACUGCAUCAAAUUUUUUAACAUCUGAAAUUUCUCCCAUUCACGACAGAUGACCUUAUCAUCAGGAGGAAGAUAACCUAUUAUCAGUCACGUCUUUGUAAUUCAACGUUAAGUGCGACUCCGGGUAUUAACUGCUUAUCUUCAGAAAAGCAACCUAAGCAUUCAGAACUGUAAACUCAGCUGAUAUCUCCAGACUAAGCCAGGAAUCCUAAGACAGUAUGCAUAAAAACUUGAGACAAUUUUCCUGGCACGCAAAUGGGGGAUGGUACAGUCCCAAAUCAGCGUUCCUCCCCCAGGGUCCAUGCAACAGUUUGAUUAGGGAGACAUCCUGAACGCUAGUAACGACCACGGUAUGUCCAUCGAUAGUACGCGACAUUGACUGAUCCCCAGCCCUGACCUGCGGGGCGAUUUUCUGUAAUAGUUCUUGGCCAUUGCUCUUAGCUUGAUGACAGUCUGUGAAGGGGGAGGAAGAGACACGGCGGGUUGAUACGUCCUGAAGGGCAGGUCCGUAAUUUUCUAACACUGGUGGAAGUCCGCAAACCCUUCCGACUUGCAACCACGCCAGAAAACUCUUUUUGAGAUUGCUUGAGUUAGACGUGGCCUGUGCACAUUCUCGACAGUAGGCAAUCAGUGGCGCAUACAGCGCCUCGGCUGGGCCUACAUUCUGUCCUUGUUUUAAAGUUAGCAGUUACAUAGGUGCCUGCUUUUAUAGAUAACAGACGAAUUAGCUCACGGUCUGCUAAAACGUUGCAAGCAGUGAUGCUUUGGUUUACUUAUUUCAAAGUCUUGGUAAAGUGCGUAGGUCGCUUACCGGCCGUUUUAGGGCUGAGCGUUUUUUAGGGGAAAUCGGUGGUAUGUGUGCUCGACCACACAGCUCCCAACUCCUUAUGUCUGCUUCACUCUUGCAUGUACUCCUCCCUCUGGUGUCCUUGAACUGUCUGACAACGAUUGCCUUCUCUGGCAAAAUUUCCAGUUAUCCAGGUAGGAUCUGGGAAUUCCAGUAUAUCUCGUUAAAGCGGAUAGUAAGCAUCGGAAGUGGACGAAGUCGUUGCAUUGGGUGAGGGGUGAUAUUACUUAAUCUGUGGCCACUGUCUGGACGAUUCUAUCGUCAAACUUGAUCCGUUCAGAAACUUCGAUCAAUUCCGUGUAUUUGUUUUCCUUUUGUGAGUCAUCUGUUGAUAGAAUGAAUAAAAUUUGGGCAGUUUAUAGCCUGAUUUGGCUUCUACCACUUUUUAGUACGGAGGCAAAGAAAACUAAAUCCUUCUGGAUUGUUAUUUUCUGGUCCCUAUGUUUGGCUUCAUUUAAUCCUACGACCUUUUAAUGGACUUUCAUGGGGUUUCACUAAAUCAUUGAGCAUCUUCUUUCCUUUGUUUAGAAAUCUCCCACCGUGAACAACUUUAAAAUGAAGAUCAGGAAGGUCGAAUGA